AGUUAGACGGGCAGAUAUAGAUAGACAGCAGAAGAGGCAGAAAGAAGAGCACAUGAAGAAGAAGAUAUUAAAAAAGGUGGUAGAAGAAGAGAAGCACACAAGCAGGCAGGAAGAGGCAAGAGCUUUCACAUGAGAGGGGAUUUUGUUUUAUAUUUCCAGCUUCUUUUACAAGUCAUUUUUAUUGCCUAUUUGUUUGCUUCCUUCUCCUUUCUUGUCUCUCUCGCGCUUUCUUUCUCUGUUGGUGAACCCUCGCCACCCUACGCUGAGUGUCGGAAAGGCUGAAAAGGUCCUCUGCGGGUUUCGAUCCGGGGACUUGUGUGGAUUAAUGGAGCUGCCGCGGCUUUAUUUGGAUCGAGUUCCUCUAUGUUAGCGGUAUUUUCGGUGUCAGAGUUAGUCGGGGAGAGAAGAGGACGCGCAGGUGAAGGGAAAUUAACAAAUUAGCUAUGGUGAGCAUUCGGCGGCGCAAACUUUUGGGUUUAUCACCAGGGACAAAUGCAUACCUAGUGCAAGUUGUGAGGUUGAAUGAAAAUGGUGAAGUGGCAGAACAUUCCAAUGAGAAUCCUAAACCUCAUUCUGCAACUACACAGUCAAUGUUUUCAUUUGAUUUCAGUCGGCAGAAACAGGUUCUGGAGCCAAGCCUUGGAUCAUCAAAUGUAUCUGGAUGCAGCUCAUCAAAGGAACAUAAAUUACAAAGUUCAGGACAUGAAAUGAAACGGAGAAAACGUCAAAGGAGGAAGCAGUUUGAUAAUCAGGAGCCAUGUUUGAUGCGAGGUGUUUAUUUCAAAAACAUGAAAUGGCAAGCAGCAAUUAAGGUUGAAAAGAAACAAAUUCAUUUGGGAACAGUGGGAUCACAAGAAGAAGCAGCUCAUCUAUAUGACCGGGCAGCAUUCAUGUGCGGAAGGGAACCAAACUUUGAGCUUUCUGAAGAGGAGAAGCAGGAGCUGCGUAAAUUCAAUUGGGAGGAAUUCCUGGAACUAACACGCAAUGCAAUUACAAAUAAAAGAGGGUAUGGAGGUGGCGAAAAGCCUCCCAAAAAGGAUAGGACCCCAAAGAAAACUUGUGGGGGAGGCCCAAAACUUAAUCUUGGGGGAGAAAAGAGGAAAGGAGCUAAUGAAGAGGAACAGAGAAAGGAGAAGACACUGGAUCAGGCCAACCAAAGAGACAAAGAUAAGAAUACAAUGGAUGACAUUGAGCAAGAUGUUGACCCAAUGGAAGUCCAUGAUAUAGGGAAUCCUAGUUGAAAUAGGGCCUAAAACUCCCUUUCCUUUCGACUUGAAAAAUAUCGAUAGAUCGCCUCCUGUUAAAAGAACCCUCCUUUUAACUCCUGAUAUUAUGCAAAGUGCCUCUAAAGCCAUAGCCUCUCCCUCGUGGCUAAGUUUCAUUUUCAAACAAGAGGAAGAGGGAAUCCAUCAAGGAACAAGCCAGAGACUCUGUCUCCCAAUUCUUGCAGUCUUCCCCUACCCCCAAGAGUAAAAAGCUCAAAGCUACUGCACGCCCUGUUGAAGACGAAGACUCAGAUAACUUAUUUGUCGCCUUUGUUUCCCCAUUUUUAAAAAUCAGUUGUGUCUUUUCUUAGUUAUCUGGAAGUUUUGGUAGAAACAAAAUUGGUUCGGAAGUUAAGGAACUGUUUUUCAAGAAUUCAAUAACAGUUAUGUUUUUGAAAUCUUUAAAUAUGGAUGUAAUAGACUCUUCAAGGGAUUGCGAAUUUUGGUCCCCCUUGUCCUUUGAGGCAUGAGUGGGACACAAUCGAAAUUUUCGCUGAUCAUUUUGUAGUAGUUUGGAUAGUUAAUUUCUGAGU